AUGACAGCAACCACAACCUCAACCCACAACACCACCACCACCUUCACCCUAGGCGACGACCAGCAAAAACAACGACAAGUCGCCGUAAGCGACACCCCGCACCGCAUCAUCAUCCGCGACGAACCCGUCCCCCAGCCUUCAGGCACCCAGGUGCUAGUACGCAUCGAAGCCAGCGGCGUGUGCGCGACAGACCUGCACCUCGUGCGGCGCUCGAUACCCUAUCUGACGCCCCAGGUCGCCGUCUGCGGGCACGAGGGCAUCGGGCGCAUCGUGCAGCUGGGGCCCGAGGUGAAUGCGACGAAGUGGAAAGUCGGCGACCGCGUUGCCCAUCGGUGGAUCUACCGCGUGUGUCGCGAGUGUGAGCCCUGUAAGAGUGGGAAUGAGCAGUUGUGUGAUCGGCGGCAGUUGAGUGGGAAGGAUGUUGAGGGGUGUUGGGCUGACUACACCCUCGUCGAUAGCGAAUACAUGCUCCCCAUCCCCGAGGAGGUGAAAGCGGCCGAAGCUGCGCCCAUCCUGUGUGCAGGGACGACUGUCUACCGGGCAUUGAAAUCAGCCCAGCUGGCGCCCGGGCAAUGGGUCGCCAUUGUCGGUGCCGGAGGGGGAUUGGGUCAUUUGGCCAUCCAAUACGCAAAAGCAAAAGGACUCAAAGUCCUCGGAAUCGACGGGGGCGAAGACAAGGGCGCACUGUGCACCAAGUUGGGCGCUGACGCAUUCGACCUCACCGCCGACGUCAUUCAAACCACCCAAGGCGGCGCCCACGGGGUCCUGGUGACCAGCUCCAGCCCCCGGGCGUAUGAGCAGGCCUUGACAUACGUUCGCAAGAUGGGCGUCCUCAUCUGCAUUGGCAUUACACCGCAAAAAAUGACCUUCCCCAUCGGCCCCGAAUACUUCGUCGCAAAAGGCGUUCGCCUCACGGGUACCAGUACGGGCACCUUCACCGACACGCAGGAAGCACUCGAGUACCUGCGCACGGGACAGGUCAAGCCCAUCGUCGUGGAGAAGAAGCUGGGCGAGAUCCAGGAGUGCUUGGACCAGCUGGAGAAGGGGGAUGCGGUGGGGAGGCCAUAUGCCAUGAAUGAAUUUGUGGAUUCAAGAUGA